GAACCAGGAAGUGCAGCUCUGAGCCUGUUUGGUUUCUGUGGAUAUUCAGAGCAAAGGUUCUCACUGCACUGAGGAAAAUACAGACUGGACUCUUGGCCCAAUCCCAAACACAGUAGGUUAGACGACUGUAACGUCCUGAUCACUGGACUCUCCAAACGAGACUUAAGACAGAACAGAACAUCCAGAACAUCCAGAACAUCCAGAACAUCCAGAACAUCCAGAACACUGCUGCUCGGAUCUGCCAUGUUUGCUCCUCGUUUCCACGCGCUGAUCGUCCUUCUCGUCUUCAUCGACGCGAGCUGGGCGCUGUUUCAAAACAUCACCGCGUACAAGAGCAGUUUGUUGAAGCAGGACAUCUUGGCCGUAGAGGGCGCUAGUGUCCUCCUCAGGUGCAACAACUCUGGAGACAACAUCCAGUGGUUUAACCCAAAGGGGGAUCUACUGGAGUUUAACCAAGACGGAAAGUGGCAGAUCGAGGACAGCGGCGCCUUAAACAUCACCGCCGUCUCUUUCUUGGACCGGGGCCGUUACACCUGCUCGUCGGACGCCUCGAACUUCACCGUAAUCCUUCGCGUGGCUUACACCGACAGCGGCCUGGGCCUGUACUACGUCACCGUGUGCCUCUUCACCUUUACCGUAACCAUGAUCCUCAACUUCGCCCGCCUCUGCAUGAUGAGCAGCCAUUUGAAGAAAACCGAACGAGUUAUCAACGAGUUUUUCCGAACGGAGGGCGCGGAGAAGCUGCAGAAGGCGUUCGAAGUGGCUAAAAGGAUUCCCAUUAUUACGUCGGAAAAGACUUUGGAGCUGGCGAAAGUGACGCAGUUCAAGACGAUGGAAAUAGCGAGGCAUAUUGAGGAUUUGGCCAAAAGCGUGCCGUUACCGCCGCUGAUUCUAAACUGCGGGUCGAUAGGAGAGGAGGCGGCAGGAGACAGUCCGCAGAUGGAGAAAAAUGAAGAGUUGAGCGAGCGAGAGAGUUUACUGAACAGAGCGGAGAGAGGAGAGGGGGAAGCGGUCACGUCUGCGCAAACGUCAGGAGAAAGAGACGACGAAGAGUAGGGUUUAUGCGCAUUUAUGAACAACUGUGGAGAAAACAGAGGAUUGGAUUCUUGUUUUUAAAAGAGUUAGGGCUUGGCGAGAGUGACAGAAAUAAUAAAAAUAUUGUGAAUGGACUGGAAAAUGACUUUAAAGUGUCUAAAUUACACUGUUUUCCGAUCUGUUCUAAUGUCGUUUCCUCGUCACAAACAGACCUGGAGUUGUGUUUUGUUUUGUUUCAUUCACACAUGUUUAACACACAAACUCUGCAGAUUUAGGCUGAGUUCUUCUCUCAAACUGAAAACACUCUGUUCCACCUCGUGAUGUCAUCAUGUGGUGAUACAGGAAGUGCUCCACUGUGUUUUUAAACUCCACACACCUUCAUUUCUAGAAUCAUUUGGAUCAUAUCAGCGUCUGGAAUUGCCGAUCUGUAUAGAACAAAAGGUAAAAGAAGCUGUAAACUACCACUCCGUGACAUCACAAGGUGGAACAGAGCAUUUUAGCUUUGGAAAAUGUAAACAGACUAAUAAUGCUGGAACAAAACACAACUCCAGGUCUGUUUUUGAGGUGUUUUUUAUUAGAGAAUAUACACUCAAUGUUUUAAUUUUGCAUAUCUUCAAAGUAAUUAUUGUAUUCUUUUUUUUUUUUUUAACUAUAUGGCCCACCCCUAUAGAUGGUACGCUCCAGAGGGACGGGUUGCUCUGAUUGGAGGGGCUGGGAUUAGGCCUGGAAACAUCGUUUUGGGGGUCAAUAUUUGAAAUACUUUUACUUUUUACUCUUUAAGUGUUGUAUUCUGUCUUUUUUUUUUAUUGUAGUUCAUAUUUUUUAAACAGUUUUGUACAUUUAGAAUAGUUUAUAGGGAGUGAUUCUGUUUUUGUUCACUGUCUAUAUUGACUUAAACACUGUAUCGUGCUUCUGAAUGUGUUGAUUCAUUUAAGGAAAUGGGUUUUUGUUUGGGAAAUUCUUAAGGUUGAUGUUUUGUUGUGUUUGAUCAGUUUGGACACUGGGACCAUAACUUCUGUGUGAUCACUGUGGGUAUAUUGUUUCUCUACUUUCAAACAAACUAAAUGCACCUGAUGGUUCGGGCAGCGACACAGACACUGGUAUUGAGUAGAGAGCGACUGACCGAAAAUGACACCCAAAAAGAUUACACCCAAAACAUUACACCCAAAAAGAGAUUACACUGAAAAACAUUACACUAAAAAAGAUUAUACUCAAAAGUGUUACACCUAAAAAGAUUAUACCCAAAACAUUACACCCAAAAAUAUUACACCCAAAAAACAUUACACCCAACAAAGAUUACACACAAAACUAUUAUACCUAAAAAGAUUAUACUAAACAGAGAUUACACCAAAAAAGAUUACACCCAAAACUAUUACACCUAAAAAGAUUAUACUAAAAAAGAUUACACCCAAAAACUUUACACCCAAAAAGACACUCAAAAAAUUAUACCCUCAAAAAAUUACAGCCAAAAAAUAUCACAGCUAAAAAAAUUACACCCAAAAACAUUACACCCAAAAAUGAUUACACCCAAAACGUUACACCCAAAAAAGAUUACACCCAAAAAUGAUUACACCCAAAAAUGAUUACACCCAAAAAUGAUUACACCCAAAACGUUACACCCAAAAAAGAUUACACCCAAAAAUGAUUACACCCAAAAAUGAUUACACCCAAAACGUUACACCCAAAAAUGAUUACACCCAAAACGUUACACCCAAAAAUGAUUACACCCAAAAGCACUACACCUAAAAAGAUUACACUCAAAAUAUUACACCCAAACACAUUACACUCAAAAAAUACAACCAAAAAACAACUAUACUCAAAACCAUUAUACCCCAAAAAAUUACACCCAAAAAGGAAAGUAUUUUGUUCUUAUUGUCUGGGCCCUGCUGAAAAUGCUGAGGGUUUAUUUUUAACACGUUCAUAAUUUGACCAAACAGAAAUAUACAAAUAAAAUCACUAUAUUUGACUUAAAACCUGCGUGAAACACUUUAACUUUUUACUCUUUAAGUCCAUUUUAAAACAGGCACGUUAACACUUUUACUUAAGUCCAUUUCUUCGCGUGAUACUUGUACUUUUACUCGAGUACUUCUCUGCUCUCGUACCUCUGCUUGUGACCAGUCGAGCUUGUGUGUUUUUGCGUUUGUCCCUCUUCGGCGUCGCUGUGUUUUUGUUCGCCGUAAUUACAUUUUUGACACUAUAAUCGUCGCCUUUUGUUUAUUUUGACACUCGAGCUUGAACUGAACAAAUCGCUUUUUUCUUUCUUCAUUGUGUAACUGCCAGUCGCACCCGGCAUUAAACCAGGAAUGAGUCAACAACAUGUCACACCGCGAACAUCGUCUCUGCAAUAACGAGAAAAUAACUGGCUUUUCACGGUCAACGAAAUGCGUUUACAGAAACAGGGAGGAGGGAACGUUUAGACACUCGAAUAAGACCCAGUAAACUUUAGUAUUUUUGUGUUGUUUGGAAUCUUUUGAAAUAAAUAGUGCCUUUUUGACCAUCUCGUCUGUUUGUUCUGUUAGUGUCGUCGCGAUACUACGAUUUCAAACUCGAUUUCGAUGCUGAUUAAUAGUUUUGACGCUGAUACUGAUCCCGAUGCCAUGACGAUUAUAG